CCUUCCUGAGGGAAGCAUCAACCUACGACCCAACAGAACACUGAGCGUCUUGUACAAACUUGCCCCUUCGGAGGGAAAGCUCUUAGCACACCUAGAUGCCAAAUAACUGACCAUGAGCCAGGCUAUCAGAGCCGUAGGCACUAUGAACGACAAGUACCACCGGGCAGCCCGGGAUGGCUACCUGGACCUACUCAGAGAGGCCACUCGGAAGCAGCUCAACGCGCCCGAUGAAGACGGAAUGACACCGACGUUAUGGGCUGCGUACCACGGCAACCUUGAUGCGCUCCGACUCGUUGUGGGAAGAGGAGGUGACCCUGACAAGUGUGAUAUUUGGGGCAACACUCCGCUCCAUCUGGCCGCCGCCAACGGCCACCACAGCUGCCUGUCCUUCCUGGUAUCGUUCGGUGCCAAUGUGUGGUGCCUGGACAACGACUACCACACGCCCCUCGACAUGGCCGCCACCAAGAGCCACAUGGACUGUGUCCGAUACCUGGACUCCAUCUCCGCCAAGCAGUCUGUCCUCAACCCCAAGCUGGUGGAGAAGCUGAAAGACAGAGCAUCCCGCGCGGCAGAAAGGAGGAUAAAGGACUGUGUGAAGAUGCAGCAGAAACACCACCAGCGGCUGGAGAGAAAGUUCCUGAAGGAGAGCGUCAGGUCGGAUAACUCAGACGCCAUGAGUUUCUCUAGUUAUAACAGCAGCAGCACGCUAAGCCGCAAUCUUCCUCAGUUCAACACUGCCACUUCCAACAUGCCAUACUCACAGGCCACUGUACACUCCACAGCCAAGGGGAGGACCAAGAUUCACAAGAAGCUAGAGAAGAAGAAACAGGUGGACGGCACCUUUAAGAUCUACGAGGAUGGGAGGAAGAGUGUUCGCUCGCUGUCUGGCCUUCAGCUUGGCCAGGACGUCAUGUUCCUAAAGCAGGGCACUUACGCCAACUCUAAGGACCACUCGCGCCUCAACAUCCGGGACAUGUUCCCUCACCACGGCAACAACCACGAUCACCAUGACAAUGACCACUACGAUGACGAUGAACGUGCCGACACCAUCUUCCACCUCUCCCGUGCCAUCAGCGACCCGGUUCUCCACGAGGCCGCCUACUCCGAGAUCAGCACUGACUCGGGCCGUGACUCCCUUUUCACCCGGCCCGGUCUUGGAACCAUGGUGUUCCGACGGAACUACGUCUCCGAUGGCCUCUUCGCCAUUGGAGCCCAGGACGAGGGUUCCGUGGCUGGCUCCGAGCCGGUGGGCCGUGCCCCUAACGUCCGCCUCCGUGGCCGUCUACCCCGGCGCCAGCCCAGCCUGGAUGAUGCAACAAAGAUAGACAGCAUCAUGAGCGCCCUGAGCCUCCAGGAGAGGAAUCUGCAGGAGCUGCCCUGGGAGGAGUCUGACGUGGGCCUGGACGAGGAGCUGCCCUGGGAGGAGGCUGACGUGGGCCUGGACGAGGAGCUGGAGCCUGAGAGUGGACACCUGGAGACGUUUCUUGCCUCCCAGAGCCUGGGGGAGUUCAUGCCCAUUUUCAGGAGGGAGAAGAUUGACCUCCAAGCUCUGUUGCUCUGCUCAGACCAGGACCUGACCUCCAUACACAUCCCACUGGGACCCAGGAAGAAGCUGCUAAAGGCUUGUAAGAGACGGCUGGACACCCUGGAGGAACCAGAGGGCAUCGAGGACACUGAGCUCUGACGAGAGAUGACAUGGUGACAUCUUUACUGUCAUUCAAGGUGACACACAGAGUCCUGUCUGCCUAUCAGCUCUAGUCCAUGGAGAGCUGUGGUCCUGCCUAUCAGCUUUAGUCCAUGGAGAGCUGUGGUCCUGCCUAGCAGCUCUAGUCCAUGGAGAGCUGUGGUCCUGCCUAUCAGCUCUAGUCCAUGGAGAGCUGUGGUCCUGCCUAUCAGCUCUAGUCCAUGGAGAGCUGUGGUCCUGCCUAUCAGCUCUAGUCCAUGGAGAGCUGUGGUCCUGUCUGCCUAGCAGCUCUAGUCAAUGGAGAGCUGUGGUCCUGACUAUCAGCUCUAGUCCAUGGAGUCCUGAGAUGGUGUUAGGAUUAUCCACACAGAGCUGUGGUCCUGCCUGACUAACGCCACUCCCCAGGGACAGCACUCCCUGGCUGGGGACACAGAGAACAUUACACUGGGGUCUGGUAGAGUCCCUAGGGUCCUGGUGCCGUGCAUGAGAGGGCGUCUUUAAUUACACACCCAGAUGGUCUUGCAGGGCCGGGUGUGCUGUAGGACAGUGCCUACUCACUUACUGUCAUUGGCACGGAAACAAACACACUCACACGUUUCCCAUAUGGAAUACAUUUGCAACUGAGCAUUUGAUCAUGUUUUUUGUCUAUAUAUUUGUGCAAACGUGUAAUGUUAUUUCCGUAUUUAUUAUUUAUUAAUAGAAAAUGUUUUGUUUAUUGUUUAUUACAGACAUUACUGUCCAGUUGUGUUACUUUAGUAUGUAUAAUAGUUGUACAGUUCUCCAGUUAGCUCAGAUGAAAAGCUGACCAUGUCUGUUAUAUUUAUUUGUAAUGUUUAUUUCACCUUUAUUUAACUAGACAAGUCAGUUAAGAACACAUUCUUAUUUUACAAUGACACAUAU